GUCCCCAUUAUCCAGGCUGACAUGGCCGUUCGAAGAUGAGAGCCGUGGCCAAGUCCAAGUUCGCGAACUCGCGAGCUCGGUUUGGCGCUCAUGCGCUUGUGGCGUUCUCUGGCUCGCGGGUCCACCGGUUUGAGCGACAAUCAUGUCUGUUUCUCCCCCCAUCCGUCGAUAUUCGUCCACUAGCUCCAGCAGCCGCGAGGACCUCAUCAAUCAGUACGAGGCGGAGGAGGAGCGCAUUAUCAACGUACUCUCCCGCAAGCUCGAACGGUUGCGCGAGGAGAAGAUUGCUCUUGAGAACACGCUCGAGGCCGAGUCAGAAAAUCAUGUAAACAGGCUCUCGAGGGAGAUUUCUGCCCUUCGACUCGCGCAACAGCAGCAGGCUCAGGCAAAUGGCAAUGGCAGCGGCGGCGGAUCCCCAGUCGACACCCGGCUGGGCAUGCAGGCUUUCCUAGCACACAAGAACCCUGCAGAGCCCGCGCCGGAGGCGAUGCUUGACGCCAUGCGCAGGGAAAACGAGCAACUUCGCACAAGGCUGGUCGACACCGAACGGGAGUUCAUUCACAUCUCACGUUUGAAUGAGAUAUACCGCGAGGAGCUCAUCGAGCACCGACGACGGUUGGGACUGCCCGUGGACAACCUCAUUGGCCUCUCGUCCGCAGACCCGUACUCACAACCUACACAUCGACGUUCGAGCUCGGCCUCCUCGCCCACGGCGUCCAUUGCUACAAGCCUUAAUGCCCUACAGACGCAGCCCCCACGACCGAUACCCCCCGUCCCGAUCCCGCGCCCGCCUUCGCAAGUCCAUCGGCCGGCAAACAACCUGUCCGAGACGACUACACCGCUCUCGCAUUCACCCUCGUCCUCUUCGUCCUCUCCUUUUCCAUUCUCCCCGUCCUCUGUGUCACCCCUCCCGAACAGCUACGCAAGCGCGACUACUGCCAUCACCACGCCGCCCUCCUCCGCGUCGCUCACAUCCAACCCGCCUCCGCCUUACCCCGGCGCGGCUACAACCCUCUCGUACCCAUCCGUACCGCCACCUUCGCUGUCGUCGUCGUUCGGAUCGCCGUCGACAUCCUUUCACAUGCCUGCACCGCCGCCAAUCUCGUUUGCGCGCGAGGAUGGGCCGCCGUCGCCCGUGUCGCCUCUUGGCAGCCGUGCGCACUCGUUCCACCAUCGCAGGAGCUUCGACCGACACGUCGCGGAGACCGGAAACCUGCGUAGCGUAAGCAGGGGACACAGUCGUCGCGCGAGCGUCGAACGCGGGGCGCGUAUCGCCGAGACGGGCACGCUCCUGCCGCGCGGUCGCCUGGGGCGGGACGAGAGUUUACAGGAAGCGGCGGAGGAUGGCGAGGGGGCGGCUGCUCAGGACGAAGAAAAUGCGCAAGUGCAGGAGAGCGGAGGAGGCUCGGCUGCUGAAAGUUCUCAGGGGAGCCAAGCUGCAACUGCGUGAGUGCGCCAAGGUUUGAAUGUAUCCAUUGAUGAUAACCGUGGCGGCGUUCGAUGCCGCUUGCUAAGUGUGGACUCGUGAUUCCAUUGUACAGUACCUCUUGUGACCCGAAACUGUAUGUGUAAUACCGUCAUGCGCUACUCUCUAG